GAGACGGAGCCAUUAAAAGACGUUUCACAGUUAAACUGACAGCAGAGAAACAGAAACAGAUUUUCUUCCUUCUGUUCUGAGCUUCAAAUCUCAGCGGCUGAAAUAAAACAAAGUCCAGCAGGAAACAAACUAAAGGGAGGAGAAGAAAUGAGGCUGACUCUACAUUUCAUUCUGAUGCUGAGUUUUCUGUUUUUUCUGGAAACUUCAAAAAUGUUUGAAGGAGAAAAUGUCACUUUCCAUCCAAACAUCACUGGACUUCAGAUUAAUUCCUAUUAUUGGACCUUUAUGCAAAAUAAUCAAACUGAGAAAAUAAUCAAUGUGAUUAUUGGAGAGACAAAGAAAAUUCACAGAACCAGAUUUGAAGGCCGCCUGGAUACGGAUGUAAAAACUGGAUCGAUCACAAUUUUUAACCUCGCUGUUAAUGACAAAGGAACAUUUCAGGGGGUUUUUUCCAUAGAAGGUGGAAAUAUCUCUGACCACAUCGUCAAGCUGGAGGUCAAAGAUGCUGAUGAAGAUAUUAAACUGGAUUUCCUGGUGGGCAUCAAUGUUACUCUGAACUCCACAAUGCAAAGACUGGAGGAAUAUCAUGUUGUCUCCUGGUUGUUUGGAAAACUGUUUCCUGAAAGAGAAAUCGCCAACAAUAAAAAAUGCCCCAACAAACAUGGAAAUACUUUUGAUAAUGUGUUUCUUAAUCUAACGAAUGGAGACCUGAUAAUCCCUCAGAUCACAAAAGGUUUUCGUGGAAAAUACCACUGUAAGGUUUGGAAGGAUGGGAUUCCAUGCCAUUGGAGAAAGUUUAAUAUCAGAGUUUUCGAUCAGGUCUCUGCUCCCAACAUCACCAAGUCGACGGCUCCACCAACCAACGGUGUCUGCAGUGUAACCUGUUCAGUGGAGAACGGGCCUGAAGUGAACCUGACCUGGUUCAGAGGAAACAUCAGCAUCAGCAGCAGCAGCAACCAGAACGUCUCCACCCUCACGCUGCUGCUGCACAUCCGGGGGGAGGAUUCCUCCACCUACAGCUGUCGGGCACAAAACCCCGUCAGUGUGCAGAGAAAAACUCUGGACUCUCAGCGGCUGACAUGUCAUAACGCAGGAACGGCUAAGCUUUGGGUCAUACUGGUGAUUACCACUCUGGUCAUGGUUGUUGGGUCAGGACUUUUCAUCUGUUGCAAAAUAUGGAGAAGAGAUCAUGUUAGAGAUCCUCAAAGAUCUCAGUCAAACCGAGAGACAUCGCCUCAGAACUGCAGAUCCUCUCUGAGAAGUGAAGAAUUUCUGCUGCAAAGCUGCCAAGGACCAAGUUAUGAGACAGUAAAGUGACGUAGUUCACUGACCUGCUCCACCCAAAGGGAACUGAUGGAGAACAUCCACCGCUGUUCAUCUCAGAGAGAAACUGAAGAUAAAUAAUUCAAUAUAAUUUUAUUUUAAACAUUGAUUGUAAAUCCCUGAUUUCAG